AUGGAAUGGUUUAAUCCACCCUUAUCGUCUGAAAUAGACUAUUCUCAAGAAGAAGGCUGCAUUAUGUCAAUUUCCAGCUUAAGAGUCCAUGCAGACCCACGCACAGACUAUUGAAGAAAAACGCAUUAUGGCUUUAUUCGAGACAAUGGUCAUUUUUUAUACUGUAAUGCUACAGGGAAUUUUGAGAUGUCCGUAUCAGUUGAAGGAAAAUAUGCAUCAUUAUAUGACCAAGGAGGGCUAAUGAUUAGGCAAAGCCCUGAGUAUUGGGUCAAAGCAGGCAUUGAGUACGUAAAUAAUAUUGCAAAUAUCAGCGCUGUAGUCACAAGAGAUUACUCAGAUUGGUCAGUGAUCAAUUUGAAUAAUUUCGAUGCUAGACAGACAGUGCAUUUUAAGCUUGUCAUGAAAGAAAAAUCCUUUGAAAUCUUUUAUUCUCUUGAUGGGGAAAAAUUCAGUAUGUACCGGGUUGGGUUUUUAAGCGAUUCUGAUAAUUUUCAGGUAGGGAUAAUGUGUGCCGCUCCAGACUCAGAAACAGGGUUUGAUAUUGAAUUCAAAAAUUUUAAGCUUAAGCCUAUAUAA